AUGGGCCAGCCGUCGUUUCAGGCUUCAAACGCCCUGAUCUACCUAACCUACGGCGCAUUCCUUGUCGCGGGUCUAUACAUCGCAUGGCGUCUGCGGAAUCAGACCAAGGGCGAAUUCUUGUCUAGCAACGGGACACAAAAGGCUAUACCGCUUGCCUUGAACUUCAUUGCUUCGGCUCUGGGAUCGGGGAUUCUAUUUACGUAUCCUGAGAUUGCUACUAUUGCGGGUGUCCAGGGGCUAGUUGUAUAUGGACUUUCAUCUGCACUGCCUUUACUGGCAUUCGCCUUUGUUGGACCGAUCAUUCGGAAAAAAUUCCCUGAAGUGUUCGUUUUGACGGAAUGGACUCGUCAGCGCUAUGGCGUGGUGGCAGGCAUCUAUCUCAGCAUCUUGACGCUGAUUACCCUGUUCUUAUACAUGGUUGCUGAGCUGUCUGCGCUGCAGCAAAUUGUCACUGCUCUUUCAGGGCUUAAUGGACUCCCGGCUGUCAUUGUCCAAGUCGUAGUGACAACCAUCUAUACCUCUCUCGGUGGCUUCAAGGUUUCUUUCCUGACGGAUAACAUCCAGGGAGCCAUGGUCGUGGGCCUGAUUAUCAUUGCAGUUAUCACCGUGGGAGCCAGAACCGAUAUCGACAAGUCCCUUAUCGAUUCCUCAGGUCUUCUAAAACCGACUCUGCUAGGAUGGCAGCUGAUUUACAUUCUACCAGUGGCCAUCCUGACUAAUGACUUCUUCCUGUCAAAUCUGUGGUUGCGAACCUUCGCUUCAAAGACAGAUCGUGACCUGCGCAUUGGAAUCUCCAUUGCUAGUUUUGUUGUCCUCUGCAUCUUGGUCCUGGUUGGAUCCACUGGUCUUCUGGCAGCAUGGUCUGGUGUAUGGCCCGGAGAUCCUCCCCAAGCAGGCUCAAUUGCGUUCUUCCUCUUGCUGGAGAAGCUACCAAGUUGGGUCGUCGGUAUCGUCUUGGUGAUGACCGUUGCUCUGAGCACGGCGGCAUUUGACAGUCUUCAAUCAGCCAUGGUCAGCACUGCUAGCAACGACGUUUUCCGUAACAAGUUGCCCCUAAUAUACGUUCGUAUCGGCGUUGUCCUGUGCAUCAUACCCGUCGUUGUGGUAGCUCUUCGAUCGCCCAGUGUUUUGCGAAUAUUCUUGAUUUCCGACCUUGUCUCAGCAUCUGCUAUUCCUGUGCUUGUCUUGGGUCUGUCUGAUAAGUUUUACUGGUGGACUGCUUUCGAGGUCAUCGUCGGUGGUCUAGGCGGUAUAUUGUCCGUGUUCAUCUUCGGUACCAUCUACUACGGCAAUGCCACUGAUGGAGGAAAUUUGAUUCUUCUACAAAACGGCUUGUAUGCCAAUGACUGGAGUGCAUUCGGAGCCUUUGUUGCUGCCCCUGUUGGUGGUUUGAUAUUUGCCUGUCUUGCUCUAGGCUUACGGGUUGGAUAUAAAUUUAUACUUUCAAAGACAACCGGCCGACACUUUGAUGUCUUCGAUCUUCCACUUCCACGUUCCCAUAUGGCUGCCGGGCCUAUGCAUUUGGACGAGCCAGAGUUUAUUGCUACCGGUACAGACGCAACCAUCCGCAAUAAUGACGAAGAAGGGGCCAAAUUCCGGUCAUCUAGGUAG